AUGGCUUCGAUCUCGAGCCCGACUCUUCACUCCCCGCGCACCCAUAUCCUAAGAGGCCAAGGGGUACGCAUCCUGAAGAACCCUUCUCAAACCUCGCCACCUGUCUCUCCCAUCUCUCCGAGUGAUCGGAGCCUCAGCUCCAAAGAAGUGACCAUCGUCAACACCCAAUACAACGCCGGUCACCGCCGAUCCUCCUCCGGCGCUCAGCCUCGCCGCCUGUCGAGCCGAACCCCUUCCCACCACGGCGACGAGAAUCCCGACGAGCCAUCACAGCGCCUCAAGUGGGAUGAGGCAAACCUUUACCUCACUGAGCAGGAGCGCACCUCCACCAUGAAGAUUACCGAGCCCAAGACACCCUUUGCUAAAUCUUACGAUCCCCUAGAAGAUCCUAGCGACGACGAUGAAAUCAUGGGUGAAGGCCUGGGCGAGUCGGUCACUGGCGACACUUACUUUCAAACUGGCCCGGCUCAGCGCUCGCUUCGCCGCGAAGAAAGCAUUCCGAACUUGGACCUCGGCGAGCCCGAAGAGGGGCUUCCCGCGUCCCGCCUGUCACCUCAGAAGGAGGACGGCGACCACCGCCAUGUCGCUGUGCAUGUGGAUAACGCCGCCGGCUUGGACGAUGACGACGAGACGGCGGGCAUGUCGCCCGAAGAGAGGGAGAAGCACCGUCGGUUUGAGGAGCUUCGGAAGAAGCACUAUGAGAUGAGAAAUGCGGUCCAGCUUCUCGGACACCCCGAGGUUGCUGAGGACGACGACGACGACGAUGAUGAUGAUGAUGACGCUGAUCGUGCUGCGCCUUCCGCCUCUAAUCCGGUGCCUCCCAUGCCUACGAUCCCCGCUGCGUAUCAACCCACAAACGGCUCGGCGUAG